AUGGCGGAAGAGAACCCAGACCUCCAGUUCGCUUUGCGGAACUUGGAUAGGGAAUACGAGCGUGUCACUAAACAGGAGGGCGAUAUCACCGAGAAAGGGUACCAAAAACGUCGCACCCUCCUUCUCUCGCAAUUCCUUGGACCAAAUAAGCCACUUGAGAUCGGUGCCCACGGUGACCAUGACGGUCAAUCGGAUGGAGGUCACAUGGCUCCUCCAGCAAUUCUGAGUGUUCGACCGCCAACAGCGGAUUCUUCACAGCGCGGUCUUUCAUCCCCAACCUAUGCCGGCGGGUACGAGGGUACGCAAGGCGGAUCAUUCGGGUACAACCAUGGUGUCAGUAUGGAUAUGCAGAAUUCCUCGUCGGCAGCGUCUAGCCAUUAUGAUAGGGAUAGCUUGGGGAUGUUACAGACCCACGAUCGGGUGCCCUCUGCGUCGUCGCAUGAUUCACUGUUUCUCCCCAAGGCUGUACCCCCGGGCCCACAAGGCCCUGAUGGCUCUAGAACGGCUACUUUGAUGAGCCAUAGCUAUGCAUUCAAUCCCGAUGCUCAACCUGAGUAUGUUGAAGAUGGUAUGGACAUGUAUGGUCCAGGGUCCGGUGGUGUCACGCGACAGUCAACGAUGCUUGACUCCCAGCAGGGAUUCUUCUCUGACUUCGCUGGCCAACAACACGAGGACUAUCGCGACAGCUACGGCGGUGGAUUUCAUCGUUACUCACAAUCGGGAGAAGCAUUCUCACCUACAGCAAACAUACCACCACCGUUCAUUCCACCCUCUGAAUUAGCCCACGGACCAGCCAUUGAACAUCUCAUGCCUCUCGAGCCUCGAGACAUUCCAUUUGCCGUGCACGAUCCACAUGAUAAUAACAUUCCCAUGUCAAACUUUGAAAAUCUCCCUGCGGUACUCCGCCACCGUGCUCGAGCUCACCCCAAACAGCCAGCUUAUUGGGUACUGGAUCUGAAAGGAAAGGAAAUCGCAUCUAUCACCUACGAUAAACUGGCUAGCCGAGCAGAGAAGGUCGCUCAGGUGAUCCGUGACAAGAGUAACUUGUACCGUGGGGAUCGUGUCGCCUUGAUCUAUCGUGAAGCCGAGAUCAUCGAGUUCGCUGUCGCCCUCAUGGGUUGCUUUAUUGCCGGCGUGGUGGCAGUCCCUAUCAACAGCCUUGAUGACUACCAGAACUUGAACUUGGUACUAACAUCAACUCAAGCGCAUUUGGCCUUGACUACCGAAAACAACCUGAAAGGAUUCCAGCGUGACAUAACCGCACAGAAGCUGAACUGGCCACGCGGGGUGGAAUGGUGGAAAACGAACGAAUUCGGAAGUUUCCACCCCAAGAAAAAAGAUGACACACCUGCUCUCGUUGUUCCUGACUUGGCAUAUAUUGAGUUUGCCCGAGCACCUACCGGCGAUGUGCGUGGUGUUGUGAUGAGCCACCGAACCAUCAUGCAUCAAAUGGCUUGUCUCAGCGCAAUCAUCUCUACAGUUCCUACUGAUGCCAGCGCCAGACAGUUUGCAUCUAAAGGAGAGACCAUCACUAGCUAUCUUGACCCAAGACAAGGGAUUGGAAUGAUUCUGGGAGUCCUCAUGACCGUGUAUGGUGGCCACACAACUGUGUGGCACGAAGACCGGGCUGUCGAGACACCUGGUUUGUAUGCCCACAUCAUCACUAAAUACAGAGCGACAGUCAUGGCCGCCGAUUACUCUGGCUUGAAGAUCGCCGCCUACAACUACCAACAGGACCCCAUGUCCACUAGACAUUACAAGAAGAAUUCUGAACCUAAUUUCAGCAGCGUUAAGAUUUGCUUGAUCGAUACCCUGACUCUUGACCCCGAAUUCCAUGAAAUUUUGGCCGAUCGAUGGCUGCGACCGAUGAGAAACCCGCGGGCGAGAGAGAUUGUGGCACCAAUGCUUUGCCUACCGGAGCAUGGUGGCAUGGUAAUUAGCAUGCGCGAUUGGGUGGGUGGUGAAGAAAGAAUGGGAUGUUCCUUGACACACGAGAUGGACCCUGCACAACGGGUUGGCUCCAAGGAUGACGACGAGAAAGCAGAAAGAUCUGAAACCAACACUGGUUUUGGAAGCAGUCUUCUUGGCGGUGGCUCCCGUGUCUCUGCACCGAAGCAGACCACAAAGAAUGAAUUGAGCGAGGUUCUUCUUGACAAGGAAGCAUUGAAAAGUAAUGAAGUCGUCGUUCUUGCCAUGGGCGAAGAUGCUCGCAAGUAUGCUAAGAGUAUGCCUCACGCUGUUCGUGUCGGUGCUUUCGGAUUCCCACUUCCCGAUGCCACCCUUUCCGUUGUCGACCCCGAGACAAACCUCUUGUGUGUACCGAAUGUGAUUGGAGAAAUUUGGGUUGACUCACCGUCUCUUUCUGGAGGCUUCUGGGCACUACCAAAGCAUACUGAGGCCAUUUUCCACGCUAGGCCAUACAAGUUUGAAGAGGCAAACCCCACACCUAUACUUGUUGAACCUGAAUUUUUGCGCACCGGCUUGCUUGGCUGUGUUAUCGAAGGCAGAGUAUUCAUAUUGGGCCUGUAUGAAGAUCGACUUCGGCAAAAAGUAGAAUGGGUUGAGCAUGGCCAGGAACUUGUCGAGCAUCGAUACUUCUUUGUUCAGCAUCUGGUCGUCAGCCUUCUGAAAAAAGUCCCAAAGAUUCACGACUGUACCGCCUUCGAUGUGUUUGUCAACGAUGAGCACUUGCCGGUGAUUGUUCUGGAGUCCUAUGCUGCUUCAACGGCGCCGACAACAUCUGGAGGUCCUCCACGACAACUAGACUCCGUGCUUCUCGAUUCAUUAGCUGAGAGGUGUAUGGAAGUCCUUUACCACGAGCAUCAUCUUCGUGUGUACUGUGUCUUGCUUACCGCCCCAAACAGUCUUCCUCGCGUUACUAAAAGCGGCCGACAAGAGAUUGGUAACAUGCUCUGCCGGAAGGAUUUCGAGGCCGGCAUGUUGCAGGCUGUGCACGUGAAAUUCGGUGUUGAGCGAUCCGUGAUGAAUUUGCCUGUCGGCGUUGACCCUGAAGGUGGCAUCUGGUCACCACUGGCACUUACCUCGAGACAAGAGGUUCUCGCCUAUCAAGAGAAGCAGUACUCAGGUGUGGAUUAUCGGGAUGUUGUCAUGGAUGACCGAACUUCCACGCCUCUGAAUAAUUUCAAGACCAUCGUCGAUCUUCUUCAGUGGCGUAUUUCACGACAGGCUGAAGAGCUAGCAUACUGCUCGAUCGAUGGUCGCGGCAAGGAGGGGAAAGGUAUCACUUGGAAGAAAUUUGACCUGAAGGUGUCAGCGGUGGCAACUUAUCUCAAAAACAAGGUCAAAGUGCGACCAGGUGAUCACCUGGUGUUGAUGUACACCCAUUCCGAAGAGUAUAUUUACGCCGUUCACGCUUGUUUCUGCUUGGGUGUUGUGGUUAUUCCUUUGGCUCCCAUUGACCAAAACCGUUUAUCAGAAGAUGCACCGGCAUUCCUACAUGUGAUCAAUGACUUUAAUGUCAAGGCCAUCAUCGUCAACACUGAGGUUGAUCAUGUCAUGAGACAAAAACUUGUUUCACAGCAUAUCAAGCAGUCUGCGCAAGUUCUUCGGAUUGGAGUUCCCGCGAUCUACAAUACGACGAAACCUUCCAAGCAGUCGCACACCUGUCGCGAGCUCGGAUACACAGUUAAAGAUGCAUGGCUACAGGGUCAGCAGCCAGCGUUGGUUUGGACCUACUGGACCCCCGACCAACGGCGAGUGUCUGUUCAAAUAGGGCAUGAUACCAUCAUGGGAAUGUGCAAAGUGCAAAAGGAAACCUGCCAAAUGACAAGUUCAAGGCCCGUACUUGGGAGUGUGCGCAGCACAUUAGGUCUUGGUUUCCUACAUACUUGCUUGUUAGGUAUCUACGUUGGCGCCCCAACCUAUCUCGUCUCGCCCGUUGACUUUGCCCAAAACCCCAUGACUCUGUUUGUGACACUUUCACGCUACAAAAUCAAAGACACCUAUGCGACUGCCCAGAUGCUCGAUUACGCCACAAGUUCUAUGCCAGCCAAGGGGUUCCAGCUCCAAGAACUGAAGAACCUAAUGAUUUCCGCAGAGGGUCGACCCCGAGCCGAUAUAUACCAGAAGACGCGCUUGCACUUCGCCACUGCCAGCCUGGACCGCACCUCAAUCAACGUUGUGUACUCCCAUGUCUUGAAUCCUAUGAUUGUCACUCGAUCUUAUAUGUGCAUCGAGCCCAUUGAGCUAUGGCUGGACAUUCGCAGCCUUCGGCGCGGCUUGAUCUAUCCUGUUGACCCCGAUGCAGAUCCCACUGCGCUUCUGGUCCAAGAUUCUGGAAUGGUACCUGUAAACACACAGAUCGCCAUUGUGAAUCCAGAAACUUGCACCCUCUCACUGGUUGGCGAAUAUGGUGAGAUCUGGGUCCAGUCCGAUGCCUGUGCCACAGGGUUUUACAGAUCAAAGCAAGAGUUCGAUAUGGAGAGAAUGAAUGGUCGUGUCGCUGAUGGAGAUCCUGCUAUUCCUUAUGUUCGUACCGGUGACCUGGGUUUCCUUCACACCGUGACCCGGCCUAUUGGGCCUGGAGGUCAGGAUGUUGAGAUGCAGGUUCUUUUCGUUUUAGGGAGCAUUGGCGAGACAUUUGAGGUUAACGGUCUGAAUCACUUCCCGAUGGACAUUGAAAAUUCCGUGGAGGCUUGCCACCGGAACAUCGUGAAUGGUGGAUCUGCCAUCUUCCAGGCGGGAGGCUUGAUUGUAGUGGUGGUUGAAGUCACCCGGAAGGCUUUCUUGGCCUCACUGGUUCCCGUUAUUGUCGAUGUGGUUCUGAAUGAGCACCAGGUGGUGGCGGAUAUUGUUGCUUUCGUCUCUCAAGGUGACUUCCCUCGCUCUCGCCUCGGCGAGAAGCAACGCGGAAAGGUAUUAGCCUCGUGGGUGACUCGCAAGUUACGCACAAUUGCCCAGUUCAGUAUUCGCGAUUUGGACGAGAAUAUAUUCGCAGAGCUGCCACAACACCGUGCCAGCCGGAGCUCUAAACCGGGAAGUACAAUGGGCACCAGCACUCGAAGAGGCUCAACUAUGAAUCUCGAGACUGAAAUUCCUGCUGUGCCCCGAUCUCCUGCGGGGGUGGUUCUUGAGGAGACAAUUGUUCCACAAGCGUCCUACCAUGAUGAACACCCUCAACAAAUGCUGCCCGAGCUUGACACCCGCACUGAUCGCACAGUGUCUGCCACUCCGGUUCCUGAGCCGACAUCUGCUGUGCCCUAUAUUCGGGAACCGCAAUCUGCCACAAUCAUGUCUGCUGAUGAUGAUCAUCAUUUCAAUGCCCCGGAACACGAUCAAAACGGUGGGACCCCAGGAGAGUCUCGGGACUUCCGAUUCAGUUUCGACAUGGUUAGCACGCCCAUGGAUCCUUCAGGGGGUCAGCGGCCCUCCACAGGGCGUGAUUCUCUACCUAGCCAGCAGCCUGGUCUGUACAAUGGCGGCUCCAACACUGCUGACUAUAUGCAUGACAAUAUGCAUCGGCCAAGUACUCAGGACAGUGGUCUCGUCGAUGAUUGGCCACAAGAAGCUUUGAUGUACCAGUCUUCUAUAGGUGGAGAUGAUGAGCAGGACUUUGUCCGCCGGCCAAGCGCUCAAAGUGCUGCUGUGAGACACCGUUAUGAUGGUACAGGCUAUGAGUAG